ACUUGAAUAGUUUCUCCUCUUCAUAUUUGAGUUUUCAAAGAUACAUUGUCUAGUUUUCACUCCUUUGAUUCGGAUCUGAAGUAGUUUUAAAGCUGACAGUGUCUUGUUGCUUACACAGUCGCCUACACUGUGUCUUUUAACUCUUUUGAUUUUUCUUUUGAAUCUUGCAGGAAUUAUAGCAUAUUUAGCAUGGAGUACUCGAUCAAAGAUGACGUGACUCAAUUGAUAGGUAACACUCCAAUGGUGUAUCUGAACAACGUCGUAGAUGGUUGUGUUGCUCGUAUCGCGGCUAAGCUUGAGAUGAUGGAACCUUGCUCUAGUGUCAAGGAGCGAAUCGCUUAUGGUAUGAUCAAAGAUGCAGAAGACAAGGGACUGAUUACUCCCGGAAAGAGCACAUUGAUUGAGCCAACUUCUGGUAACACCGGGAUUGGUUUAGCCUUUGUCGGGGCAGCAAGAGGUUACAAAGUUGUGCUCACACUGCCUCAAACAAUGAGCCUCGAGAGAAAGACAGUUCUGUUAGCAUUAGGUGCAGAGGUUCAUCUCACAGACCCGAGGAGAGGCGUCAAAGGAUUAUACGAAAAAGCCAACGAGAUAUUAAGCAAAACUCCAGAUGGUAUCAUACUACAUCAGUUCAAGAAUCCUGCAAACCCACAAACUCAUUACCGAACCACGGGUCCAGAGAUAUGGAGAGACUCUGCAGGGGAAGUAGAUAUAUUGGUGGGCGGUGUUGGGACCGGUGGAACGAUCUCUGGAGCAGGUAAGUUCCUCAAGGAGAAGAAAAAAGACAUAAAGGUAUACGCGGUGGAACCUAAAGAAAGUGCUGUACUCAGUGGAUGUAAACCGCGUCUACAUUUGAUCCAAGGAAUUGGUGCUGGAAUCAUCCCAGACAAUUUGGAUUUCAGCAUUGUUGAUGAAAUCAUUCAAGUGCCAGGCGUGGAAGCAAUUGAAACAGCCAGACUUAUUGCCCUGAAAGAAGGAUUACUGGUUGGAAUAUCUUCUGGAGCUGCUGCAUCCGCUGCCAUUAAGGUGGCAAAACGUCCAGAAAACGCUGGGAAGCUCAUAGUUGUGGUUUUCCCUAGCGGUGGGGAGCGUUACAUAUCGACUGACUGGUUCGGCACCUUAUUCGACUCCGUGAGACAUGAAGCAGAGAGUAUGACAUUUGAAUGAAGCAGACUGCGAUAUUCUAUUUGAUAUUUUUCACUUUCUCAAAUCUGAAAAAUAUAAAUAUAAAAAUCAUUUAAAAGUUAUUAAGUUUACAAGUAUUCUGUGUGAAUUGGUGUGUAAUAAAAUCGGUAAUGUGUUAAAUAAAAUUUGGUAAUAACAAUAUUAUGCUCUCUCUGUG